AGAGCAUCACCAAACUGCUCCCCUGUCCCGCGCCUUGCGUCUCCUCCGGGAACACACAGAUGUCAGAAACUGAGCUGGAAAAGAUAAAAGUCAGAACAGCUGAGCAUUUUGAAAAUGAUAAAAAUAACAUUUCUUGGUUAAAGGAAGGAUUAUCCAGCUCACUUCAAAAUCCUCUAGGAGAUCCUGAUAUGCAACUCACAAAUGAAAAGCAUGCAGACGAGAAACCCAUUAAUGCUAUCAUUAUAAAUUCAGUAUCCGAAUUCAAUAUCACAGAUGGACCAGCCAAGGAAACCCCCGGUGAGAAAAAACUGUCAGAAUUCAGCACAUCACUGUCCUCCCUUGAAGAAUGCCAAACGAAAUUUUCCUACCUCCAAACUGAUACUUCAGUUCAUCAGAGAGACACUGAUGAGGAGUGUGCCUCCCUCAUCCUCGCCUGUCUGUUUUGCCAGUUUUGGGACUGUCUCCUGAUGCUCCCGGAUACGUGCGAAACGGUGUGUACCAACCUGUGCUGCCCCUCUCACAGGUACCAUCACACGUCGGAUGAAAGCCACCCUCGGAAUGACUGCAAGUGUAACUGUGACGUGGACUGCAGCCUUUUUGAAUCUUGCCACGAGACCAGCGAUUGUCUGGAGUUGGCCAUGGAGAUUUCAGAAAUCUGUUACCGCUAG